AUGACUGGCCGUCUCGACCAAAUCCUUGAAGCUUGGGGAGCACAAGAUCGCCGGACAGGCAAUCUGCCAACUGCGCAGGCUUGGAAGUCCAUUCGCAAGGCGCGAAGUCACGUCGACACUAGCGGGUUCGUAUCGAUGAUGAGCAUUCCGGUUUGCGGGAUCACGAAAAGGAGAGGCACGCCCAACCGCUGUAGAGUGAGAUCGAGCGAAUGGUCGUUUAGCCUUCUCCGGACGUCAUUUAUUUCGCAGCCCUGUGACUUGAUGCUGCAGAGCUGUACAGUCGGAACAGACCAUCAGCAUCAGCCUCUUGCAAUGCAACGCAUCACUUACUCCUGUGAAGACGAAUUCAGUCGGCGCAUCCGCCACCGAUUCCGCCCACGCGGGUAG